AUGCAGCCAACUGCACUUAACGUGCGCAUUUGGAACCUGGACUGGGCGCACAAUUUGUUUGGCACGUAUAAGAAGGCAGAUCAGAUGCACCGGAAAACAUUGGCAUUUAGGGAAAAGGCACUGGGCCCAGAGAAUCCGUCCACACUCAGUAGUAUAAAAAAACAUGGUAUCAUUGCUCGAAAAUCAGAGAAAUACGAGGAGGCGCAAAAAAUCUACCGCCAGAUAUAA